UAAUUAUCCAAUCAGAAAGCAGCUUGUUCAGAAGUGCGAAUUUGCGCACUAGUCGACAGAUCAGUAGCCAUUGUACCGAUAGUGGCCACCUAGAUUUUCUUUAUUCACUCGAUUGUGGUGAGGCAACAAGAACUGACUGAUGUGAUUGACAAGAGUAGUUGAACAUCAAAUACAAUACAAAGAUACAAAAUCAUUCGAUUGUGAAAAGAAGAAAGAUCAGGACCUUGUAUUUGUGGCUGGGCGUGAGAUUGCGGAGCUAACAAAUAUGGACAAGGUAUAUUUCCACCAAAGCCAGCUUCCGAACCAGAAGACAAUGAACUUUGCUGGAGCCCCGGCUGUUGACAAGAGUGGAAGUGGUCUGUAUCCUGCUGGGUACCCCAACUAUGCCCCAACACAACCCGGCAUGGCCCAUACCUUGGCCCCUGGAGCAGCUCCUGCGACUCACAGGCAAUUGGCGGCCGCUGCCAACCAGCAAUAUCCACAGCCCGGGAUGCCACAGAAUGUGAAUCCAUCAGUUUACACACCAACCACAGGGGUGUACUCGACACUGUCGCCAGGUUAUCCUACACCCUCAACUGGGGCCUUUCAUCCACCAACACACCCACACCCGAUGCAAUAUACUACGUUCCAGUCUCCUUCGGGCUACCAAGCCAGCCAGUAUGCAACCCCUACAUAUAUUGGGGCUCCUCAGCUGAGUGCCGGAGCAGCCUAUCCAAUGGGAAUCGCUGUGACAAACCCCCAUGCUCCUAGUGCUUACAACCCUCCAGUGGCCAGUGUCCCACGUGCCUACACUACACAGGCUGCCAUGUCCCAGGCAGCAAUGUCCCAGGCUGCCAUGUCCCAGAUGGGUUACAACCCUCUCGGUUCCAAUCCCCUUGGAUCUAACCCACUUGGCUCAAACCCACUUGGUUCAAAUCCACUAGGUUCAAAUCCACUUGGUUCAAACCCGCUUGGCUCCAAUGUACCAGGUUAUCCAAACUCAUACGGCUUCAAUCAGGGAUACCCUUAAAGGGACAUGGACAUAGACACUUCGCCUUGUCUUUGUCACAUGAUUGUCAUGUGAUGAAGGAUGUGUGAGCUGGUAUCGUAGGCUGGAGCCUGUCAGCAUAUCUGGCAUCAUAUAGAUCUGCAGAACUCUUCCCCUCCAUGAUUGUGAACAAAUUGUAUUUUGUUAAGACCGCGUUUUGGUCACGAAUCAAGACAUUAUUAUACAGUUUUAGGCCACAUUUUAUUAUCAUUACUAUUAUUAUUGAUUAUUCAUUAUUAUUAUUAUUGACUAGGCUUUACAGUGUUUUUACGCAGAUUAUAUACACUUAUCAGUUAACAAGGAACUUCCAUAUGCCAUAUUUACAAUGCCGGUCUAGGUAAUCUCACCUUAACAAGGAAACAAUCAUUGAUCAGAAUUGCUUUGUAUGUUCUGUUAUAGGGGACUGUAUAAGCCUGACACUUAGAUUGGGCAGUGUAGAUGUUGUACAUAUAUUUUUCUACCGUGUUUUGUUUACAUCAUGGGACAAAACAUUAAACUUUUUAGAGCAUUUAGUUUUACCACCUUGUUUUUAUUUUAUUUUAGAAAAAUGUUAUUUUUUUCAUGCUUUUUUGUGACCUUUAAAAUUUUCAAGAGUUAAUUUAUAAUUAUCAUCAUGUUGUAACAUUGAAGGUGACACUUAAUAAAAACAUGUUGCAGAA